AUGACCCUGUUCCUCCACUGUAUCUCAAGUCCCCCUGCUCACCCCUCUCCCCCUUCUCUGCUCCUUCCAGGCUCCGACUACUCCCCCCCACCGCUGCCGGAGGUGGCGCCCAGUCUGAACGACACCAGCGUUGCAGAUGGAGGAGGCGGCGUGGGCGGCGUCACAGCCCUGGGUGGAAGUGGAGGUGGGCGCGGGCCCCUGGAGGCCGUGGUCGGAGGUGCGGUGGUGGGGCUAGCGGCAGAGCACAUCCCCAGCGGCCCCGGGGCGGCCCUCACCUGGCAGGCGGCCAUCGAGGCGGCGCGGCAGGCCAAGCAGAUGGGGAACGCGGGCGCGCCCAUCUCCACAGCCAGCUCCACACAGAGGAAGAGGCAGCACUACACCAACAAGCCCAAGAAACCCAUCAACACGGCCCCAACCAGACCUCCCAGAGCCCUGCUCUGCCUCACCCUCAAGAACCCCAUCCGCAGAGCAUGCAUCAGCAUAGUGGAGUGGAAACCGUUUGAAAUUAUCAUUUUGAUGACUAUAUUUGCGAACUGCGUGGCCUUAGCUGUCUACAUCCCCUUCCCAGAGGACGACUCCAACGCCACCAACUCAAACCUGGUAAGUCACACCUGACCUGACACAGGCUCUUAUGUCAUGUUGCUAUGGUUAUUACGCUCUGUUUGACUGUAGGUACCAGGUGGCUGUGUGUGUGUGUUUGGCGGGGGGAGCUCCCGAGUGGCGCAGGUGUCUAAGGCACUGCAUCUCAGAU